UCGGUUUUACUUGCACUCAACUCAACACUCGCAAAGUCGUACGUCGGUGUAAAAUCAGAAAGCAAUUCUCAUAACCAAUUCAAUUGUACUAAUUUUGCUCUCGUGAACAAGUUCUAGUCGGCACGAAAGUGUUCGAUUUAUUUAUAAUUUGCCAAAAUUAAACUAUUAAAAGUAUUAAUUAGAAAAAUGUCUGACGCUGUUGGCAAGAAGUUAUGUGAAUUAAAAGUUGCCGAUCUCAAAGAACAAUUGGAAAAACGUGAAUUAGAAACAACUGGUUCCAAGGCAGCUUUGUCAGAGCGUCUGGAAAAGGCAUUGAAAGAUGAAGGAAAAGAUCCAAGUACCUACGUAUUUGAGAAGGAUUCACUCAAGCAGAUUGUAGUGAAAGAGGAACCAAUCGAAGUUGAAGAUAGGUGCGAAGAGGAGCCGCGGGAAGAUGAUGGGGAAGACGACGAUGUUAUAAUUGAUGAAGUCGGCGAAGUCGAUGAGGAGGAAAAUCACCAAGAAGAGGAUUAUGAGGAGGAACAAGAAGAAGAAGUAGAAGAGGUAACUGAGGACACUCAAAACACUGAUAACAAUGUAAUUGACAAUGAGGAAUCUAUCAAUUUAACAAUUGAAGAAGAUGAGCAACAACUUUUGCACAAUGAAGCUCCAGACGAUAAGGAUAAAACUCUGACUGAUGAGAACACAACAGAGACAAGCAAAUCAAAGAACAAGGAUAAGGAUGAUUCUUCCGAAGAAAAGAAGACCAAAUCUGACACCAAGAAAUCUGAUUCGGACAAAGAGAAGAAAUCAUCGUCGGCAUCUACCAGUGGAAAGGAAGAAUCUUCCAAGGAUGAUAAAACAGCUGAUAAACAAAAGGACGAAAGCGCUGAACAAAAAUCGUCAUCAAAAUCAUCUGCAUCGAAGGAUGACAAAGAAAAAUCAUCAGCCCAAGCAACGGAUUCAUCAAAAUCGAAAACAUCUUCGUCUAGUCGCAAUUUGUGGGUAUCCGGACUGUCGUCUCUAACUCGUGCCAGUGACUUGAAGACGAUCUUUUCAAAAUAUGGCAAAGUUAUCGGCGCUAAGGUGGUUACCAAUACACGUACACCGGGAACCCGCUGCUAUGGUUUCGUAACAAUGUCCUCGUCAGUGGACGCAAGUCGGUGCAUUGAUCAUUUGCAUCGUACCGAAUUGCAUGGUCGCAUAAUCUCUGUGGAGAGAACGAAGAACGAAAUCGGUUCUGGUAAUAACAGCAAUACAGCAGCAGGUGCAGCCAAUUCAGCUGGCAAGAAGAAGGAAGAGGACUCGAAGAAAUCAUCUCCGGUUAAGGACGCCAAAGCGAAGGCAGGUGAUGGUGCCGACAAAAAGUCAAUAACAUCCAAUAGCGCUUCUGGCAAGGAUGAUAAGGACAAACCAAAGGGUGGUGCCAUCAAGGCUGGUGCAUCUGAUACUGAGAACAAAGGCGUCGAUGGCGAUAGGAACAAAGCAGACAACGCCCUACGCCCUCGACGAAAUUCACGUUCACGAGACCGGCGACGCAUUGAACGACCACCACUACCACCACGCAGAGUAAGCAUUGACCGUGAAGAACGUGAGCGGGAACGAGAACGUCUUCGCCGUGAGAGAGAAAAGGAGCGUGAACGCCGAGAACGGGAGAUCCUCUCUUACCAGAAGAUCCGUGAAGAAAGGGAACGCCAGCGACUGAGGGAACGCGAACGUGAGCUGCGUGAAGAAGAGCGUCGUCGUCGUGAGAUCCGUGAGCGCCAACGCGAAGAGGAACUUCGUCUAGCUGAGGAACGUAGAAAACUAGCUGCCGAACGUGAGCGUUUGGAAAGAGAGAAAGCCGAGUUGUUACGUUUGGAACGUGAACGCCAGAAGUUGGAACGUGAAAAAAUCGAACUGGAGCGCCUAGAACUCAAGCGCCAACAAAUGAAAAUUAUGGCAACAUCACGCAUUGAAGAGCCGCCAAAGAGGGCUGUAAAGAGAUCGGGCGAUGAUCGAUAUCCUGAGGCAACCGAACGCAAACGGAAUCCCGGAGCACGCUUUGAAGCACCCCCACCACCAAGAUUUGAUGCUUCUAUUGCAACAAGCUACGACAAAAAACGUGAUGAUUAUGGAAGCUCGUCAAAACGUGAUGACUACACAUCGAAACGUGACGAUUAUACAUCAUCGAAACGCGGAAGCGGCGGCGGAGUAGGAGCCGAUGAUUAUUCAGGCAGCCUGAAACGUAGUGCAGUCGGAGCAGAUGAUUAUUCCAGCAGCUUGAAACGCAGUGUAGCCGAUGACUAUUCAAGUGCCAGCAAACGCACAGUAGAUGAAUACUCAUCGAAGCGCGAUGAAUACAUAUCUUCAAAGAGAGGUGGUGGUGGCGAUGAGUACACUUCCAGCAAACGCAGCGGGGCCGAUGCUUCUUAUCCAUCGAGCAAAAGAGACGAGUAUAAGCGGGAAGUUGAAAUUCGUCAUGUUCCUUCGUCCAGUUAUCAUUCAAAUGGAGGCAGCGGUAUGAAUUCAUCAUCAUUCUUUCCACGUCACGGUCAAACUGCUGGAGGCAGUAGUAGUAAGCGGUAUGAGAAUGCUUCGUAUGGAUCUGAUCGUCAAAGUGGCGCUAACAGCAGCGGUGCCAACUGGCAAAUGCAGGGCCAUUCUAGCCAUGGAAGUCAUUCCGGGCAUGGACAUGCAUCACAUUCUGGUGGCGGACCGUCUGGUAUGAAGUCAUAUGCCAGCAAUGGAAUGUCCUCGAAUGGAGGAAUACCUGGUGGCAGGCAAGCAUUGAAAUCCGAUGAGCAUUGGAGAACGACGUUGGCGUCAUCCGGUGACCGUUACGAUAGAACGUAUAAUGAGAGAUCUGGACCGUAUGGUGGUGGAAGCGGUAGCAGCCGUCCAGUUUCUGACAGAUAUGGUGGCCAAAUAUCGUCACGCUAUGAGAGUAAAUAUUAGUCAAGAUUCGUAGGAAUAUAAAGAUCGUCAUCAGCUUAUAAAUAAGUCAUUUAUAUGCUUUAAAAUACCGCUAAGAUUAAUUUUAAGAGUUCUUCUUUGGUUUAUUUUUCUAACCAAAAUAAAUUAGAAUAAUGCUUUCAUUGCAUCAGAUUGAUUGUGAAGGGUUUUACACUCAGCUUAGGCUACGUAACAGUUAUACAUUCGUUGUGAGUGUAAAUUAAGAAUGUACAUCGUUUUUAUUUUUAACUUCAUGACCAUCAUUCAAAUAAAAAAUAAAAUGAAUACAGUAAUAAAAAUGAUCAAAUCAAA